AUGGAAACGACCACAAAGAUCUACAUCAAUCUCUUUCGCACAUCAACACCCGUAUCGAACCCCGUCAUUCCCGCUGGAGAAUUAGCACCACGGUUUCUACCUGCUGAACUUUGCAUUGCAAUCCGGACCGUAACGGCAGCGACGGCUCCGGGACCGGACCAUGAUCCUCGAUUAGUGGAGAACCCCCCGAAAAUUCUUCUUAAAAAGAGCGAUAGGGAUGAUCUUCGAAACUCACAUCCAAACAAUUCCGAGAAAUAUCAGGUUUGGCGAGAGUACCGCCUACCUCUCGCCCUAACCGUGUGA